CUCUAUCGAUUUAAAUUUGGUUUGCCGGAGCGCGUGUCAAUAGUGGACGUAGAACCGUCGCCGCGCGUUUUAGGGUUAUCGCAUUUUGUGUUUAUUUCUUGGCGGUAUUCUGAGUUGAAACUCUAUACGCGGUGGAUAUGUCGGAGCAAAGGAAGCGCGAGACGAUCGCGGAAACGACGAGCGCGAGUGAGCCGAUCAAGUUUGAGAGCGCCGUGCCGAGAAUCAGGCAGCAGUUGUUGAAGUGGAACGGUUGGGGCUACAAAGAUUCCGGAUUUCGCGUAAACGACAAGAGCGUGAUAGAGUUUACUGGUAACAGAUAUCCCAUUGGAAAUCAAGAGCUUCCAUAUUUCACAAAAUGGUGCGAAACAACUUUCGAUGUAACAUGGGAAAUGAAGACGACGCCUCAAAAUUUACCAAAGCACUUUCCAGAACCAAUUCUUUCUGCAGAAUUGUUGGAAACAAUCAAAGAAUUAACAAUCGAUUAUUCAACCGAUGGCGUCGAUCGUUUAUUUCGAGCACACGGUCACACGUUGCGAGAAAUUUACCUUUUGAAGCAUGGUUCCUUCGAAAGGAUACCGGAUAUUGUCCUAUGGCCCAAGUGUCACGAGGAUGUCGUCAAGAUUGUCAAUAUGUGCGCACACAAUGGAGCCGUCUGUAUACCUUUCGGUGGUGGAACCAGCGUCAGCCGUGCAGCGUGUUGUCCUUCGGAUGAACGUCGAACGAUUAUUUCAUUAGACACAUCGCAAAUGAAUCGGAUGUUGUGGAUAGAUAGAGACAAUUUGUUAAUAUGUUGUGAAUCGGGCAUUAUCGGACAGGAUCUGGAGCGGUUGCUCCGCUCUGAAGGAUUCACAUGUGGUCAUGAGCCCGAUUCUUACGAGUUUUCCAGUUUAGGUGGAUGGGUGGCGACUAGGGCAAGCGGCAUGAAAAAGAACACGUACGGCAACAUUGAAGAUUUGGUCGUGCGGAUGCGAAUGGUCACCGGAAGAACAGAGGAUCCUGUUAUCACUUUGGAAAAAGGUAGUCUAGUACCUCGCACGUCUUGCGGUCCGGAUUUCGAUCACAUGAUACUCGGCAGCGAGGGAACAUUGGGUGUUGUCACGGAGAUCGUAUUAAAAAUAAGACCUUUACCGCGAGUGGUAAAAUACGGCAGUAUCGUGUUCCCACAUUUUAUGAGCGGCGUUCAUGCGUUGCGAGAGAUCGCGAAGGAACGAUGUCAACCCGCUAGUAUACGCUUAAUGGACAACGAGCAAUUCCAAAUGGGACAAACUUUACGGCCGGAAUCGAGUUGGGGCGGUUUGAUCUUGCAAGGAUUGAAACAUGCGUACAUCACUAGAAUAAAGGGUUUCCGAUGGGAUCAAAUAUGCGUGGCCACGCUAUUGAUGGAGGGCGACGUGGCAGCGGAUGUCGCGGCUCAGGAACGGAAAAUUUACAAGAUAGCUGAUAAGUACGGUGGCAUACCGGCAGGCGAGACAAACGGCGAACGAGGCUACAUGUUGACGUUUGUGAUAGCAUACAUCCGUGACCUUGGACUCGAAUUUAACGUAUUAGCGGAAUCGUUCGAGACUUCCGUUUCUUGGAAUCGUGCAUUAUCACUGUGUAGAAAUGUCAAGUCUCGCGUGGCCAGGGACUGUAAGGCGCGCGGCGUUCGUAAAUAUUUCAUUUCCUGUCGCGUCACGCAAACCUAUGACGCGGGCUGUUGCGUGUAUUUUUACUUAGCGAUUAGCUAUGCGAACAUGGACAAUCCCGUGGAAACUUAUGAGGCCAUUGAGCAUGCGGCGCGGGAGGAGAUACUCGCCAAUGGUGGGUCGCUUUCUCAUCAUCACGGAGUAGGUAAACUACGAGCAUCGUUUUAUCCCGAAGCCGUCGGAGAAGCGGGCGUUGCUCUUUACCGAGCGACUAAAGCGCACUUGGAUCCGCAUAAUGUAUUCGCAACGGGUAAUAUGAUUUCAGCGAAUAAAUCAAAAUUGUGAAUUGAAAGCGUGUCAUUGAAAUCGCGAUAAAUGUGCGAUAAUGGGAAAACUAUUAUAGAACUAUUGUGUACUCCGUUAGUGCCGAUAUUUUGAAUCAUUAUAACAAAUUAAUGGGAUCUCGUAGAAAGACCUUCGAUAGAAAGUUACGAUAUCUCAUUAACUUGUUAUUAAGAUUUUAUUCCGUGUGACGUUUCUUAAAUAAAGAUUUCGAUUUUCCUAUUAAUGGCGAAUGCACGUAGAUACAAAUUGCAAAUACAAACCGGUAUUGGCGUUUGCUGACUCGUCAUUAUAAUAUAUAGAAAAAAAGAGACUAGUAUUAAUAUAGAGUAUAAAUAAUUAUGCACCGUGACGUUGUUUGGUACAAAUGCGGACUUGUAAUUGUAUCGGCAUUUUUAUAAAUUAUUAUAACUAAACAAAA